ACGUAGACGAGUUCGGUUGUUUGUCGAGUGUUGUUCUGUGCGCAGAUGCACAAAUUAUACUACCUGCCUCGCUCGGAUGAAGCUCAUAAUCACGAUCGGAAAAAUUAUCAUAUAACGCUUUUUUACGAUUUUUAAUCAUGUGUAUUUACUUGCAACUGCGGAGUUGUAGUGGAAACUGCUAGUUUAAAGUACUAUGCCAGUGAUAAUGAAACAGGCGCCUUGAAGUCAUAUCUGAAUACUGUGAUAUUUACAUGUGCCGUGAGCAGAUUGCCCACAAGCUGAGAGAAUGUUGUAUGGCUACGGUUAUUAUAUGAACAGUGUAUGAUUCACCUGCAUUCAAUUUAUGGUAUGUGGAUGUUGAAAUCCACGGAAGCGCACCUCGUCACAAUUGGGAACCUUAAUGUGCGCGCUGUUAAUAAAUGAGUGUACCCAAAAGGAUGAUUCCAGUGAGUCAUAUAUCCAAGCGCUAAUUUCAAAAGAACGCGUCAUUUUAUCCACCUUUGCUGUAUUAUAGAAGAGUGAUAAUUUUGCUUAAUAGUGUUGGUUCGGAGUGAAAUUCGUUCAAAAACUGAUAAGUUUCAGUUGGUGUAAUUAUAAAUGAGUGUCUCGGAAGCAGCGCCAUCUGAGGUAACACCGUUGAAGAGAAACAAUCAAGUGUUAUCACAACGUGUGAACAGUGCUCAGUCACAGUUUCACCAACCACAGCUGCAGCAGGCUGUUAUUGAGCAAGCCGGCGGGAAUAGCACCGGCAGCAGUCACAGCAAUAGUGCAGUAUCCAAUCCGAGCAGUGAAGUGCCUAUCGUAGAAAAUAAACAUAACGGCACAAUGGAUGACACCAAACGUAUAUUGGUCCGAGUGGGAAUUGAUUUUUUAAUUCUGUGUUGCGUCGGGUUCCCUAUUCUAAUAUUCUACCUCGCCGGAAACCCAUACCACCGAGGAUUUUUCUGUGACGAUGAGUCACUAAUGCAUCCAUUUCACGAAUCGACCGUCACGAAUUGGAUGCUGUACAUCAUUGGCAUCGCACUUCCCAUCGUGGUGAUAAUCUUCACCGAGUUAGUGCGGGCGCACGUGAAAAAGUCGGAUACACAGCCGCUGAAGGUUUACAACAUCACGAUUCCGUACUGGGUAGUUGAAGCAUACAAAUCAAUCGGUAUGUUUGGCUUCGGGGCCGCCUGCAGUCAGUUUCUGACCGAUGUGGGGAAGUACACUAUUGGCCGAUUGCGACCACAUUUUCUGUAUGUUUGCAGACCCGAAAUGCCUGAUGGAACUACGUGCAAAGAUGCAGUGAACCAACAUCGCUACAUCGAAGAUUUCAGGUGUACUAGUGCGGAAUCGACUCCCCGCAUGCUCAAAGAGAUGCGAUUAUCAUUCCCCAGUGGCCAUUCCAGUUUUUCCAUGUACACCCUCGUUUACUGCGCGAUCUAUCUGCAGUCUCGAAUGAACUGGAAAGGAUCGAAGUUACUGAAACACUUUCUUCAAUUUCUGCUAAUCAUGCUGGCAUGGUACACCUGUCUCAGUCGCAUCUCGGAUUAUAAACAUCAUUGGUCGGAUGUGCUGGCGGGAGCUGUACUAGGAUCUACUGUUGCCAUUGUUAUUUCAAACUAUUGUACCGACCUGUUCGAUGCACGCAGAAAACGCACGACUUCUUUGCCGCAGACGAGAUAUGAGCUAAGUCCAAACCACGUCACUUCCAACGGUAAUCAGCAGACCUGAUGGUAGACUGUAGUUUGCCCUUCGUAGACGGUAUGACUGAUUUAGAAUCAGUUUCAUAUGUUCCUUUCGUUCAAAAGGAAAGAUUCAGCUACUAUAUUUAUUAUAUAGUGAUAAAUCUAAUUUAUUACAUUAUAGUUUUCAAAAACUGAGAAUCACUGAAAACAGACAAAUUUAUUUAUGAGAAACAAAGUAGAUAAGUUAGUGCUGCAUUUAUAAGAUACGUUCUGGGAGCAUGCUAAGAGGAAAUAGAAAUAGAAGAAAACUGACCGAAAGCAGCUGUUAUAUUGCACGUUAAUGGUGCGACGAAAUUGUAUUUUUCUACUUAGAAAUAAACCAACUUUUUACAUACCAUCA